UCAUGAAACUAGACGCCGGGGCUGAUUAAUAAAACAUCCCCUAUUCGGUACUGGCUGAUCACCGGAGCUCUUUCAGCUGUAUAAGUGGUGAAAGGCGACAUAAUCUUCCCACAUUAAAAUCUGGACUGAGAUUGAGACACAUGCGGAGGACCUAGAGAGACAUUCAGCCGGAGAACAACAUAAGUUUCAAGGAAGCAGCAUGAUAAACCCCCAGCAGCACGACCCCCCUCCGGUUUUUGGGAAGCCCUGGUACUGGCAGCGCAGCAGUAGCACCAUGGAGAGCACCCGCAGCCUGGCGCAGGUCAUCAUGGAGAUGCGCGACGAAAUCAAGAAACUGGAAGCAGAAAACCGAGAGCUGCGGGGGGACUGCGGUCAGCAUUCAGUGACGGCAGGAGAAGGCGCGGCUGGAACUGAGCAAGCGGGAAUACUGGAAAACCCCUAUGGGAGCUUGAGACGGAUUGUGUCUGCGCCAGUCCUGGAGGGACAGUAUAAAGGAAAUGCUGCCAUGACUGUACGAAGGUACUCCGCAAGCUCCAACCUCUCUGGGUUGACAGUAAGAGAGGGAAGAAUCAGCAAGAACAGGCAAAGUAACUCCGGAUGGGACAGACUACAUGAAGAAAUCCAGCAUGAGAAUAAUGUGCUUGGAGGAGCAGAGAAAGCCAACAACCGGCAUUCUUUGCAGGAAUACGUCCAUAAAAACAGGGCCAAGGUAAAAACAGUAACCUUCCUCCUACCUGUUGAGGAUAUUUACACCAGCCGGCCUGUUCUGACCAAACACCAAGAGGAGUCCAAAAUCACCGGUCUGGCUUCUAUAGCCGAGACUGAUUCUUGAGAGAACCUUAAAAGACUUUGGAUGCAGCCUCUGUGCAGCCUCAUCUGAGUUUUUUCCUUCCUUAACUAGGUCACUUUAGAUUUGGCUCUUAAUGAAUAAGCCAGGAGACCGAUUUUUAUCACACCUGACCAAGAAACUGGAGUCUCUGAUUACAGGUGUUAUUUUCAUUUGGCCAUGGCAAUCUAUGCCUGGUCAACAGUGAUGAGACACGGGCCCCUCUGCAGAGAGGAUCAGGUGUCUGGACUGCUCUCCCGGCCUGGGCUGUGGUUUCAGGGUGACACAUGUGGCAGCCUUUUCAGACUCCGCUGUGGUCACAGACUCAGGCCAUGUGAGCGACGUCACAUUCAUUAUUUAUUCAUCUCCUUUUCUCUUUGAAAGGUAAACUGAAAUGCAUAACCACGACGCCAAGUCAAGCUGUGACCCCUAUGUUUCAGUGUUUCUGAAGAUCUGCUUUGUAGCCCAUCUAAAAUAAUGGAAUUUAUAAGUAUCACUAACAAAUGUGUCCAUAUAUAGGAAGCUUAUGUAGUAAUAACCAACAUGUCUCAUCCACACUUUUUCCUGUUUAAAGUCUAAGCAUAACACAUGAAAUGUAAGUUUUUACUUACUGAUGAGCAGCCAUGUGUUAAUUUGUAAUUCUAAAAAAUAUUGUGCAGUUAACGUGCAUAAACAAGGUCCUUAGAUUUAUGCCCCUUUAUGCUCCUAAUGUCUUCCACACAGCACCGAGAUAAGCAUUGUCGAAUGUAUUCAGAUUUUUAUGGAAUGUGCUGAAUCCUAAUUUAAAGAAAAAGAAACUUAUUUAUACCAGGUACAAAAACAAUACAAGCAAUCCACUUUCUUGUAUGGAGGUCAUGGUGUUGCACCUGUUAAAGCCCAGUUUACAGCUGGUCCUACUGGAGUGAGCAACUGGAGCAACCUCAGGUAUACUGUGCCUUGAAAAAGCUAAUUCCCUAAAUUACAUUAUUUGUGGUUGUAAUGUCACAAAACGUGAAAACAAGGACUGUUUAAAAGAAAGUGUCACAAUGCUUCUAUAGUUGUAUUCCAAGCGUAAAAAGUUAAAAUGAUUAAAAAGCAAGCGUGUCUUUUAAUAGUGUUGUUGUUAAGCUUUACUUUUGUUUGGUAAGACAUCGUGGACUUCGUUUUCAGCUCUAAUUGUGAUAGUGUUUUGCUAGAGUGAAGUAAUUUGUGAAUUUAAAUGAAAAAAAUCUGAAAUAUUUUUAGGACAUACAUGGGCACAGAUAAUAGAAAUAUUUAUUUUUUUAUUUAUUUGGGUUUUGCCAUUUUAAGAAUAGAUUUUAAUGUAGUUAGUAGUAUACAGGAAGCUUGUUCAAAUGUAAUGAUGUGGUGAUACAGGUCAGGGCUUU